AUGGUGAAGAGAUUGCCAUUAGAUGUGAGAUUAAUUAGUGGUAAACAAAUAAGAUGUGAGAAAUGGUUGACAACAACGACCACAACACACGCGAAGAAGUCAUCGGCGGUCGAGCGCUGGAAAGCCGGGCCGAAGAGUGACUGGAAGUGGUGUUCAAAGCGGUGUCUAUCGCAUCAGGCGUUGGACUCGAAGCCAAAGCAUUCAAGUAAUGUCUAUUUGAUCCAAAAGCCAGACACUGGCGGACGACUCGUCUUCACUGAUAAUGAGAAUCAGUUAGCCUUCAAAAUCAUUGAAUCGCUUCUGAAUGAAGAUGAGAUCCAUUUAGAUGAACAACCACUUCAAACUGAAGACUUGGCCAUCGAUGAGAUUAUGACCAAAUUCGUAGCCAUUCCUCCGAAGGGAUACAUUGGAUUUGCGCGUGAAAUCAAUGGUUUGGUUAAAGUGUUAAAAUCAUUGGAUUUAAGACAAUUGAUGACUGUAUUGGAGUCGUUGACCAAAUGGUCCGUUGAUCAGCCGUUUGACACAUUGUAUUACAGGGUUUGGUCUAAUGUGGACUUCGAGUUGGAUGAGAGGCUGACAAAGGAUCAGUUAAAUGGUAAUAAAGAUGUGGAGAAAUACUUGUUGUUUGGAAAUAUGUUUUAUCGGCUGAAAACCGCAAACAUAUGUAAAUUUAACGAUAGUUUAGUGAAGCGCUUGAGUUCACCAGACUUUGAGUUAAAUAAGACGGGAGUUCUUCACCUCUUGUUUUACUCCAAUCUUCACCGAAAAGUUGAUCCAAAAUGUGCUAAAUAUAUGUUGAGUCGAAUGGAGUCAAUGAUAAAUGACAUGACUUUGGAUCAAAUGGCAGUGUUUUGUAUGACUUCUUUCAAAACGGAGACUAAACUGACGGACAGUCUGUUUAAAUCGGUUAUCAGUCGAAUGAUUACCGAUGUGUCCGAAGAGACCAAUAAUAUAUUGAGAACUGCUGUCACCAAAUGUAUCCGACAUUCAUAUCAUUACCGAUUUAAGCCCGAAAUCGGUCAAUACGUUAACCGAAUGAAACAAUUGUCCAACAAUUCGGAAUAUUCAAAACUUGAUUUCGAGAGGCAUUUACUCGUCACAAAUACCGCGCUUUCUAUUGAAAAGUACGAAGAGUUUGGUGAUAUUCUUCUGGAGCCGGAAAUGGUUUAUCGCUAUCACCGCAUGAUUCUUACGCAAGAGAAACAGACCCUCUCUCGUAUAACUCAAAAACAGAAACUACUGAACACUGUAUACAUGGGUUUGAAGACACAUUUGGGCGAAAGAGUGCAAAUGUCUCACAUUCUUCCCUUCAAAAGCUAUCCACAAGUUGUCAUUUGGAGUCCAAAUCAUAAGAACUUUUCGUUAACUCCCGAAACAGUACUCAAACACAAUAUGUUUAACAAUUGUUUCGCUAUUUAUGUGUUGGAUAUCAGAGACUACUUAGUGAUCGACACCCAUAUUAAAGGCUCGGUUCAGCUCGAGAUACGACUACUCGAAGGUCUGGGCUUUAAGGUAGUGGUGAUGCCGUGGCAUCAGUUGACUAAAUAUAUGCAAACUAGAGCUAAGUUUAAUACCAUUAUGAGUGAAAUACACAAAUUGGAUCCCAAUUUUAGUUAA